GGGGCGUAUUUACCACAAGGCAAACAAGGCAUUUGCCUAGGGUGGCAUUUUUCAGGGGGGGUAGCAGCAUUUUUCAGGGUGUCAGCACCGCCCCCCGAAAGAAGGGACAUACACAGCAUGGGGACCAGGUGGGAUCUGAGAGAGGCUGCGGGCUGCUUGAUGGUGUAUGCAGAGCCUGAAUCUUGUUCCAGGGGAUGUCCAGGGCUGUGAAGGGGCGGUGGUAGUGCAAGGCUCUCUCGCGUGCGGGGGGGGGG